UGUCGACAUCAUCCUCUUCAAUAAGCUGCCCAAACAAAGUCUCUCUCUCACCCUUUUCUACCUCCACCACCACCAGCCACCACCAAACCACCACUAGCCACCACCAACCCACUCUCUCUACUUUCUCUCUCUACAACCUCCACCACAACCACCCAUCUACCACCACAUAAUCACCACCACCACCACCUCAUAUCCACCUCACCUCCAUCUACACCGCCCACCACCAUCACCGAAAUCUUGAAGUCUUCACAACGGAUAAAAUUUGAAUAUGGGGAUGUGAGUUUUGUGAGAAAAAGGUUUCCAGUAUAGUUCCGAGUUGGUUUAUAUGGUAAUAAGUCUAAAAACGGAUCAGAUUUUGAUUGAAUCGGUAAUUCCGAUAAAUCAACGAUUUCAAUUUAGAAUCAAAUUGGACAGAAUUUGAACGUGAAACACAUGGAUUCGAUUUGGUGUUAUUGGCUGUGAUUGAUUGAAGUUUAAUCAGGGGAUUACAAAAACAACGCAUCAAUUCCGGAUUCAUCGGAGCUUCCGUUUUAGAUUUUGCCAGAGAAACGGGAUGAAAAGAAACGGGUCUUCUUUGUUUGGACGAUUCAAGUAGAUAUGGGGAAAUUUUAUCGCAUGGGUUUAUUUGGAAGGUUAUAACCUAUUGCAAAUUUUCAGAUAUAGUAGAAAACGAUGGCUUUGACUGGAUUCUGGGUUGCUGGACUUUCCAGUGCUAUAGAUGGAGGUGAAGUGGUACUGGUUAUGUGGUGGGAAAUGGGUGGUUGUGGUAGGGUUUUUGUUUGGGCAGCUUAUUGAAGAGGAUGAUGUCGACAUUUCAGGGAUUGGGUUUAAAUUAGGGUUAAAAUGCCUUUUAAAUAGGGGUGUUGUACUCUUUGAACACAUCUGCAUCCACAUAGGCCUCCAACAUUUAAGUUUUUAAACACGUCAGCUGCCACGUCACCUGCCACGUCACAUUUAACUAACCCAGUUCGACAAGGAUCAUUGGUCGCCAAAAUCUUACAAGUUUGGACUGUUGUAGGCAAUAUUUGAAGUUGGGAUUAUUACCGGCCAAUUAGUAAAACUUGGGAUUAUUAAAAUCCAAUACCCCUUUAGAUAAAUAAAUUUCAAAUAACCAUUUUAAUAAUUUUUUUUUUCAACUGUGCCCUUUUUGAAAAAAAAAAAAUGUUAGAAGUAACCGAUAUUCUUUUUUCAACUAUACCCUUUUGAAAAAAAAAAAAAAUCAAGAACUAACCAACAAAAUGUAGAAUUCAAAUUCAUCACUUUAAAAAUGUUGGCUUACUUAAUUAAGAAAAGAGGCUAACCGUGUAAAUCAAACAACCCACUCGUCUUGUCAUUCUCCACUUAAACAUGUAAACAACACACAUCCAACCACUUAAACACUGACCGAAACCAUAACCAAAACAAAAUGCACGACAUACAUUCCUCUCGGAGUAGCAGCGGCAGCGGAGGCAGUUUAUUCGCAGGAAAGGUAGACGGAAGGCCGAUACUCCACCACCAUGACAAUCUAAAGUGCCCACGUUGCCAGUCGCUAAACACAAAAUUUUGUUACUAUAACAACUACAACCUCACUCAGCCUCGUCAUUUCUGUAAGAGCUGCCGCCGGUACUGGACUAAAGGCGGCGUCCUACGCAACAUUCCCGUUGGUGGCGGCAUCAGGAAAGCUAAACGGUCCGGUAAACCAAAAUCCAAAGCCGUUGUUGUGGAUUUAGAUUCAAAAGUUACAAACUGCUCUACCCUUACAACCAACACAACGACGGGCAAUACGACCAAGAAUACAAAAGUCCCCCCGACACAUAUGAACACUACGGAGGUUUCGGCAAGCGAUCCCACUACCUCAACGCCGGAGAUGUUGUUUAGUUUCAACGAAUUAUCAGCACGUAUUCUGUCGUCUCCGUCUCCGGUCGAAACAUUCGAUCCGGUGAUGUUGAAUCAUUCUCCAGUGAGAAACGUGAUUGAAACGUUUCAGUGGACGGACACCGGGACAGAUAUGAAGAUGCCGGAAACAUGGUCACCGUUGAUGAUGGAUCAGACGGGUGUGAUUGAUUAUGAUAUGGGGUUAGAGAACAUGAGAAGUGACGGUAAAGAUGAUCGUCGGAAUAGUGCUGGUGAAGAUUUGUUUGAUCUGACUGGAAGUGUUGAUGAAUCUUACUGGGGUCAAAGUCGGUGGAGUGAUGUUGAUGAUGAUGGUAAUCUUGGGCAUCUUAAUUACCUUCCUUAAUAUCUCCGAGGUAACAAAUAUAUUACACGGUUUUUUUUUUUUUUUUUUUUUUUUUUUUUUUUUUUUUUUUUUUUUGAAACUUAAUAUAUUACACGGUUUAGAAUAAUGUUAUGCAUGAUUUUGAUUUUUUUCAUUU